CCACCAAGAAGGCCCGGGCCACCAGGAGGAGCCUGCUGCACAUCCCCUACGGGGACGGUGAAGGGGAGAAACUGGACAUCUACUUUCCUGGGGAAGUGUCUGCAGCCUCGCCUUUCUGUCUGUUCUUUCAUGGAGGGUACUGGCAGAGUGGAAGUAAAGACACAUCAGCCUUCAUGGUCAACCCACUGACAGCACAGGGAGUGGCCGUGGUGGUCAUGGCUUAUGACCUUGCCCCCAAAGGUACCCUGGACCAGAUGGUAGACCAGGUGACUCGGAGCAUCGCAUUUGUCCAGAAGCAGUAUCCGUGCAAUGAGGGAAUUUACCUGUGCGGACACUCAGCAGGGGCCCACCUGGCUUCCAUGAUGUUCCUGACCAACUGGACCAAGCAUGGAGUCACACCCAACCUCAAAGGCUUUUUCCUGGUAAGUGGGAUCUAUGACCUGGAGCCCAUUGUCUACACCACUCACAACGCCCCUCUCCACAUGACCCUGGAGGAUGCUCAGAGGAACAGUCCCCAGCUGCUCCUGGAGGCAGCCUUGACGCGGCCCUCGGAUCCAGCCUGCCACGUGCUGGUGACUGUGGGCCAACACGACUCCCCUGAAUUCCACCGACAGUCCAGGGAAUUUUAUCAGACACUGCACCGAGGAGGGUGGAAUGCCUCGUUUGAAGAAAUCCAUGAUGUGGAUCACUUUGAAAUCAUUUGGAACCUCACCCAGAAGGAUUUCGUGCUCACCCAGAUGAUUUUGAAAACAAUCCUCCGGGAGCACUGA